AUGCCCCCAAACUCAGCUCUACAACUGGCCUACCCAUGGACUAGGACGCCUCUAGUGGCGUCAGCCCCAAUGCUAAACAUCGCCUCUGCGGCGCUUGCCGUCGCAGUCUCCACGGCAGGUGGACUGGGGUUCCUGGCCGGUGGCUUCGACGUAUCAACCCUAGGGAGCAAUCUUGAAGAAGCGGCCCAGCUCAUCAAAAAAUCCGACUCCACAAUCCAACGACGUUAUGCUAGCACCGGCAUCCUCCCGAUCGGAGUCGGCUUCCUGAACUGGGGCGCCGACCUGCCUAAGUCUAUCGCCGCGAUUAAGGAGCACCGACCAUGUGCUGCCUGGCUUUUCGGCCCUAAAACUACGCCUGAUGACCUCCAUCCCUGGGUCGAAGAGGUGCGCGCCGUGACCGAUCGCAAGACCAAGAUCUGGGUCCAGGUGGGUUCUGUAGCCGAGGCGGUCGCCAUCGCAGAAGCUUUGGAUCCCGAUGUCUUGGUUGUGCAGGGGUCGGAUGCAGGUGGCCAUGGACUGGCCCGGUCGGCAUCUAUAAUAACUCUUGUACCGGAGGUGCAGGAUGCGCUCGCCGUGCGAAAACUCAAACAAGAGAUACCUCUUGUUGCGGCUGGAGGUAUAGUUGACGGGCGGGGAGUGGCUGCAUCCCUUGCCCUUGGGGCUUCAGGCGUGGCCAUGGGGACUAGGUUCUUGGCCUGCUCUGAGGCGCAGAUCGCACGAGGAUAUCAGGCCGAGGUCCUCCGGGCAUCUGAUGGGGGUGUGUGUACCGUUCGCUCGACGGUAUAUGAUCGAGUCAGAGGAAUCUUGAGUUGGCCCGGGCGAUAUGAUGGGCGCGGGGUGAUCAACAAAAGUUAUGUUGAUGCUGUAGAGGGAGGUAUGAGUGAUGAGGAGAAUAGAGUACUCUAUCAGAAAGAGUUGAAAAAGGGUGACUCGGGAUGGGGUCCGAAUGCUAGACUAACAACAUACGCUGGUACUGGAGUUGGGCUUGUACGCGAAGCACUCCCCGCCGCCAACAUUGUAGCAGAUGUGGUCGAAGAGGCACAGAAUACGCUGCAACAUCUUAGACUAUAG